AUGGUCCACAGGCUGAACGUGAGGGAAGACAUUAAGCCAGUAAGACAGAAGAAACGAAGCUUCUUCUUAGAGAAAAAUCAGGCUAUCCAGGAGGAAGUGGAAAAACUCCUGGAAGCUAGAUUCAUUAAACCUUGUGAUUAUCCAGAAUGGUUAGCCAACGUGGUCAUGCUGUUGAAAGGGAACAGGGAAUUUAAGUGGGGAGCCGUAGAAAAGGAAGCUUUUGAGGGUAUUAAGGAGCAUCUGAGUAAGCUCCCAACAAUGAUCAGCCCGGGGCUGAGGGAAAAAUUACAGCAAUACAUUUCUGCGUCAAUUCAGACAAUCGCAGUCGUUCUCGUGGUAGAAAGACAAAAGCAGCAAAGGCCAAUAUACUUUGUGAGCCACGUGCUGACCGAGGCAGAGCAAAGGUAUCCAUUGGUGGAGAAGUUGGCCUUUGUAGUGGUAACAACAACAAGGAAACUGAAGCCAUAUUUUGACGUGCACACAAUUCAAAUCCUCACAAAUCACCCGUUGGAAAAAGCGUCACAAAAAAGGGACGCGUUUGGCAGACUCCUGAAGUUGGCUAUUGAGCUCUCCGAGUAUGAACUUGAUGAUGAUAUUGGUAUCUGGAAGGUUAAGGUAUAUGGAUCAUCAUCCCAAACAGGGAGCGGAGCAGGGAUUAUAAUCACAUCCCCAGAAGGAAAUGUAUUCGAGUAUGCCAUAAAAUUUAAAUUUAAGGCAUCAAACAACGAGGCAGAGUACGAGGCAUCUCUGGCAGGCCUGCGUAUCGCAGCUGGAGCCAGAAAAGUUCGUCUACAGACUAACUCUCAGCUUGUCAACAGUCAGCUAAGGGGGGCGUAUGAGAUUAGGGAGUCCACCAUGUUUAAGUAUGUGAUCAAGGUGAAGGAGCUGUCCGCUCAGCUUGUCCACUUCCAGAUAGACUUAGUCCCUAGAGUAGGAAAUUCCAAGGCCGACGCAUUAUCAAAGUUAGCUAGCUCUACCCUGCAGAACCUCACAAGGACAGUGAUGGUGGAAGUCUUUGAGGAAAGCAGCAUAACUGAGAAAGAGCAGGUAAACUACAUUGGACAGCAGCGGGCUUGGUUCACAGAUAUAAGACCGUACAAAGUUCAUGGCUCGCUGGCUGACGAUGAAGUAAAAGCUAAGAAAGUGAAGAAAGAUGCCAACUGGUACGUGGUGAUUUACGGAGAAUUCAAGAAGAAAGGUUUCUCAAAGCCACUGCUAAGGUGUGUCCCAGAGUGGGAACAUCAGAGUAUCAUGGACGAAGCACACUCAAGAAUAUGUGCCAACCACAUUGGUGGAAAAGCAUUGGAGGUAGAAGUCCUUAGAAGGGGUGCAUACUUGACAACUCUAGCUCAAGACGCACUAGCAUAUGUAAAAAACUGCGACAAGUGUCAAUAG